AUCAAUGUGGCACAGAAGGGGGGGUCGUGUCCAGGUAGUGGGCGUCCAUUUUCUUUUCCAUCAUCAGGUAUUCUGAUCCAGCGUAAUGCUGACCUCAUUCCCACUCUUCUUAUUACCAGGUAUCCGUGGAUACUUGUCGCGUGCGACUCGGGGGUGAGAAAAAUGUCCGUGGACUCGGAGGAGGGCGGCGGAUCGGGAAGGAGUGACUCGAGCAUCGCCAAAUCUAGAGACAUCAUUUGGAAACACAUCAUGCACUCCAACCAGCGGAGUGUGCCCACGCGAAGAGGUUCUGCACAUUGUGUGGAUGGUAAGUGGUGUGGAGAGGCUAAUUGGUGUCAGUGUGAUGCACAAUGUUGCCGCAGGUGCGGGGCGACCUUGUGCAGAACACUUUACACGAACUUUGUGGAGGCACGCAACUUGAUUCCAGACUAGGGAGAAGGAUGCGACUACGGAAGGUGCCAGUAUUUGCAAAAUCAUUUCCCCUUUUGGAGAAUGCACGUCGGGCGGAUCAUGUCAUUUCAAUUCCAGUCAGCAUACCCAAGAGUAUCUCAGUGGCUAUUCUACCCCCUGUCCAGCUCAAUAUGCGGUACCCGAGAAGCAGCUCGAUGUCCUAUGCUGUACUUCAAAUCCCCCGUAUCCUCCUACCCUCUGCACACUCCCCUCCUACUCCCAUCACAGUUGUUCCGCCUAGCACUGACAUCAAUCCCGGUCCUGAUCCACCUCAUCGUCAUGCACAAGCACCAUGCCCGACGCUCCCGCCGCACACACGCAAGCGAAGAAGAUUACGCCUGCAAAAAACCUCAAAGUGUAGGAGAUGCCGCGCUGGGCGACUACAGGCCUAGCGAGAAUGUAGAUGCCUACAUCCCCAAGCCAUUCGGGGUCGUCAAGGGCGUCUCGGAAAUCGGCCCACAACAUCUCAUAUAGCUCCAUCUGGAUAUACAGACGAAUCGCGGCGGUGGCGUCGGCGAGGAACGUGGCGAAGGAGAGAGUUCGAAGACCUGGAGCGGCGCGAUUCGUCAUUGUAGGGAGAUGCGUAGGCGGCAAGGCGCGUUUUGAGAAGAUGGAAGAUGAGGGUAAUCGGAUUCAAAGUCGACGA